CCUACUUCCGCUUCCGGCGCUCGGGCGGUCCAGGAGGAAAAUGGCGGCGGCAGCUUGGUCCAGGGUUUCUCGGCUUCUAGGUCGGUCCCGCCUCCAGGUGGGGCGGCCUAUGUCGAGCGGCGCGCACGGCGAGGAGGGCUCAGCUCGCAUGUGGAAGGCCCUCACCUACUUCGUCGCGCUCCCCGGCGUGGGCGUGAGCAUGCUGAAUGUCUACCUGAAGUCGCACCACGAAGAGCACGAGAGACCCGAGUUCAUCGCCUACCCCCAUCUCCGCAUCAGGUCCAAGCCCUUUCCCUGGGGAGAUGGGAACCAUACUCUGUUCCAUAACCCUCAUGUGAAUCCACUUCCAACUGGCUACGAAGAUGAAUGACGAGAACCUGGACCCUCACAGGCACCGGGGACCACCACUCUGCAUGCGGACCACAGAAGUCUAUGGGACCUUAAGCUCACCUUCCUUACUUGUAUCAAAUGAUGACCAUUAUACUGAUCUUCCAUCUCUUUGCUUACGGCAGGAGAUGGCUUAAAUAAAUAACU